AAAUCCACACGGAAAUGUUCAAGGUAUGUGUAGAAUUGUUUUAUACUAAAUAUUCCUGUUUUCAUUGUGUCUUUCAGGACCAACUGGAUCGGAUUGUUCUGAUGCUCGUUGUGAGAUUGUGUUUGACAUACAUUGUCCACCGGACAGUCUGAAGAUAGAAGCUCAGCGAGAAGAAGGGCAAUGCUGCCCUCUACCCCCUCAGUGCUUGUGUGACAUGGGGGCGUGUCAUGACGUUGUUUGUGCAGAGGGUUAUAAGUAUCAUGAGAUCAUCGCUGGUAACGGGAGACCAGGCUCAUGCUGUGCUACCUAUGAAUGCAGACCAAUCAUGGAUCCAGAUCAUUGCAAUGGAGUGGUUUGUCCCGAUAGCACUCAAGAGAUGUGUCCUCCUGAUUCUACAGCUGUGAUGGGAGGAAUGUCAGAUGAUGGUUGCUGUAUCUUACCAACCAGAUGUAGCUGUGCCCUUGAGCGAUGUAUCAUACCAUUGUGUUCACAGGGUUACUCUCCAAGAAGGAUAGCUAGUGGUAGUACAGAGCCUGGUGCAUGCUGUGAUAUCUAUCAAUGUGUUGUCGGUAUUGUAACGGAAAGCUGUACACACCAUGAGCAUACCUACCUGGAUGGUGAGUCCUGGACCGUGGGCCAUUGUAAGACCUGUCAGUGUGAAAGUGGUUGGGCACAUUGUAUCGUUGAGCAGGAUUGUAAUCCUGAGGAGAACCAGCUGUGUCUGACUAGCAUCCAUGGUAUUAAGAUACAUGGUGAGAGGUGGGAUGAGGAUGAUUGUACCAUGUGUGAAUGCGUAGAUGGGACAUCAGCCUGUAUGACCUCUAGCUGCGUAGUCAGAUGCUACAAUCCAAGGAAGGUCCCAGGAAUCUGCUGUCCAGUCUGUGAUACUGUGACUAACUUCAUCACAAUGCACCCGAUAGGUUGUCCACCUCCACAGUCUAACUGCACAUUGCUGUGUCCUUAUGGCUAUGACAAGGAUCAGAAUGAAUGUCCACUCUGCCAGUGUCUUCCAGAACCAAAACCAACAACAUCGAGAAUGGUAUCAACGACAUUACCACCUACAGAAUUGUCAACAUCCUCGCGGCAUGACCCAGCAGCAGUGACAACGUCUAUGACCACACCAACUAGUACCCGGCACAUAGAGAUUGUCUGUCCACUCAUAGACUGUGUUGAGAGCUGUAGUUUGGGCUAUGUGACCGACAAGCAUGGCUGUUCACUGUGUGAUUGCGUACCAGAAAUCAGUAUUUGUGAGGACAUGACAGAGUGCACACGGAAGUGUCCCUUUGGUUUCCGUCAAGAUGAGAAUGGUUGUGAUACUUGUCGCUGCCAGCAGUGUAAACCCAUGGAUUCAUGUACAAAGUCUUGUCUCUAUGGCUACCAGAUGGGCCGUCAUGGCUGCCUCAAGUGCAAAUGUCGAAAGUGCCCCCCUCUAACAGACUGCAAGAAGCUCUGCACACAUGGCUUUGAGCUCAACGAUAGAGGUUGUGAGAUAUGCAAAUGCCAGGCAUCGGCUGUCAUAGAUCCCAAGCCACCGGUCCCAUCUGAAGGUUCUUGCCAAGGUGUCGAUGGUGUGGUCUAUGAUGAUGGUGAGAGCUGGCAUGAUGGAUGUAGACAGUGUUACUGUAGUAACGGACAAGAGAUGUGCAGUCUCAUUACAUGUCAAGUACCAGCAUGUAGUAAACCAGUCUUCAGAUCUGAUCAGUGCUGCCCAACAUGUCCAGCAGACUCUGGUGUGACCCAGCUACCUGCAGUCAUAUCUCAGGUUUGUCAAUCAGCCAGUGGUCAGUACUAUGUAGAAGGAGAGACCUGGAUGCUAGGUAGGUGUACCUCAUGCAUGUGCCAUGCUGGACAGGUGCUUUGCUCUGCUGAAGUGUGCCCACCUCUGCCUUGUGUAAACCCAGUCUUCAAGGCUUCCCACUGCUGUGCAGAGUGUGAAGAAGUGCUUGCAGAGGUUCCCAUUGGUGAUCCUACCGUGGAGGAGUCCUGCAUGUUACCCAAUGGAGUGACCUUCCAACAUGCAGCUACGUGGAAGGAAGAUAGUUGUACUAGUUGUCAAUGUGUGUCUGGUGAGACCAUGUGCUUCUCACAGACAUGUCCACCUGUGGAUUGUGAUAAACCACUCCUCAAGAAAGGACAAUGCUGCCCAACAUGUCUUGAUCCUGAUACUAGACUUGUGUGUAAGUCAGGAGGUGAUAUCUACGUCAGCGGUGAAACCUGGAGAGUUGACAACUGUACCAACUGUGUCUGCGAGGGCAGUAGAGUCUCUUGUACGAUAUCACAUUGUCCUGUAGUGAAGUGUGAGAAUCUUGUUCAUGUAUUAGGAACAUGCUGUCCGGUUUGCCAAGAUGAAGACAUAUUAGAGUAUCAAACCAAACGACCUACAAAGAUAUCACAUACUGGUAAAAAAGAUUUUGACGCUACCGAGCCUGCUCCAAGCCCUGAAAAACCAAAGACACAGAAACCUUAUCGUGAUAAAGACUCCAACAUGGCCAAUCAGUCAGGAGAUAAACAGACCCCUAUCGCUGCCAAGCGUCAUCCUUUCCCAGUCUACCCCGUCGUCAUGUCUAUCCUCGUCAUCCUACUUGCAAUCUGUAUCGUUCUCCUACUUCUUCUCUUCGUUACUAAACGGCGCCAUCGCCUGCUCUACCAUGUCAAUGUCAAACCCAUCUGUGGCAAAGGUCAGCCGCCUCCAGCCACCGUCAAGACAAAAAACACGGACCUCAAAAAUAGCAACAAUAGAGACUCUAUUCGAGAUUCGGCCAUGUUUAAAGACAAUUUACCCACAAAGGCAGGCGUGAAUAGCGUGGUAUUAGAUGGGAAGGAUAUAAAGAGAUACAGUGAUAUGUUUGCCGUGGGGAAGAGUAUCCAACCUGUGUAAGAUGUGAUUCAGCGUCGUCAUCACUGACUCUUUUAGUUUCUCAUUAGCUUGUCUGAAAGACCUUAUGAGAAAUCCAACAGAGAUGACAUCUACGACCGACCCCUUCUUCAUUUGCCAAGAUUUCAAAAGUCUCAUUUUUAUGAAUAGAAAUGGUAAGUAAUAAAGACUGUUUGUGAUAGAGAAAGUGUCUCUAUGUAGAAGGACCAUCCCACCUGUAUGAAGUCAUUCAGAGUAUGAGGUCUUUAAGAGGUAUCAAUAUGAGAGGUACAGUCCCUCAAUUAAUUUUAUUUGUUUAAAAGGAUAGACCUAUCUUGAGAAAUUGAAACAAUUUAGGGGUUCACCUCGGUUGAAUUUAGGGGUUCACUUCGGUUGAAUUUAGGGGUUCACCUCCGUUCAAUUCAAGGGUUCACCUCCGUUCAAUUCAAGGGUUCACCUCCGUUCAAUUCAAGGGUUCACCUCCCUUCAAUUCAGGGGUUCACCUCCGUUCAAAUCGGGGGUUCACCUCCGUUCAAUUCAAGGGUUCACCUCCGUUCAAUUCAGGGUUCCCCUCCGUUCAAUUCAAGGGUUCACCACGGUUGAAUUCAGGGGUUCACCUCAGUUCAAUUCAAGUUUUGAAUUGGUUAAUAGUCUGACAGUUUUUGACAUUUAAAGGUAGUUUGUUCCAAAGUUUAGCAGAAGCUUUGCAGAAAGAGCGAUGACCAUAGUAAGUUGAUAUUACAAUAAUUAAACCACUCUCUCUCUCUCUCUCUAUCUUUCUAUCUCUAUUUCUAUCUAUCUCCUUUCCUCUCACUAUCUUGCUUAACUCACUCGAUCAUUUUUACAUGAGUGUAAGCAGAGAUGUGUAUACAUAAAUACUGAAGAGGAAAACAUCCAUCACUGUAGGUUGUCAUACUUUCACUGCCAUUAAACUCAUCUGUGAGUCAUGUCAUUCCAUUUUCUGAAAGAAGAUAUCCCAUUUUACAGACAUUGAAGUCCAGCUAGGAAAUGAUAUAUUUUCUGCUAUUGAGUGAAUUCUUAGACAAUCCAUAUACCUGUUCUCUCUAUUGCAGUAAGUGGUAAUAUAUGUUUCUAUAAAUUUAAUUUCCACUUAUAAAUUGACAAGUUAGUCAGAUUUGCCAAUAAACAAAGGCUGUGUAAAAUACAGGAAGGUGGUCCUUUUAAACACUUUUGAAUAUGGUCUCUUGAAAUAAGAACUGUUUGUAUUUUUGUAUGCCGAUGCUAGAAGAAAUGUCGUUAUUGACUUGAAAGUUUUUUAUUUUUUACAUGGCUUUAGCUCAUGUAUGUUAUGUAGUCCUUGUUACAAAUAAAAGGAUUGAUUUUAAAUAGUACUAUUUUGUGUGUGUUUGGGUCGUCAUCGGUUUAUAACAUAAAAGACAACAAGUGUUUCCCUUUGCAAACUCAUGCUACUCUGAAAUUGCCAGGAAUUUUUUCUAGGUAAUAUUGAUGUAUUUUAUCAAUUAAACAAAAUGACUCUUUAAUAUUGACAGACAUGCACAUAUCUUGUAGUAUGUGUGAGAAAGACAUCAAGAUGCACUAAUUCACCCAACUAUAAAAUGUGGAAUCGAUUUUAUGAUAUUCGGUUAUGAAAGUACUAACUAGUAGCUCUUGUAUGAAUAUUCAAGAACUUUGGAUAUUUGAUGUUUGUAUUGUUAACAAGCACAUUCAACACAAUGCAAAGGGACAUAAAUGCUUGUUCUGUAGCAGACAAAACAGGGUGUUUAUUACUAGUCAUUGAAUGACACCACUGUGCUUACUGAACGAUGUAUGGACCAGUAGUGGACUAGUCAUGAGGUACGUCCAUACAGUCUGUAUCACUAAAGCUCCUACUAACAACUCAUAGCAUGUAUUCUCUAAAGAACUAUCUCUCUCUGUCUGUCUGUCCAAAUUAAAUGGAGAUGUAGUAGUCAUCUUAAUGAUCUUGUAUGCUUCUUUUCUCCUAAAUUAUUGUUUUUGCCAAUUUACAUAAACAUGGAUUGGCAUGUUUGACUCUAAGACCCUUUUGUAAAGGGAUGUUGUAAAUAUAUAUAUAGAUAUAAUAAAAUAUAUAUAUUUCAUUUGGCAAGGCUGCCUGAGCAUUAAUGGCACAGAUAAGAGCAGAUAAUGCUACUGUGAAAACCUAUUUGUUUGCUCUGUAUGUUUUUAUUUGUGUGUUCAACUUUUGCACUUUGUGCCUUUUUAUUUGUCUAUAUGAUGGUAGGAUUUAUUUUGUCCUUCUCUAUUUUUUUUGUAAAAUGUAUACAGGCAAUUAACUUUUUGCAAAAAAACUGUACUUCUUGUUAAAUUUCCUAUUCUUAUGCUUGCUAAUUUGAGAUAUUUUUCUUUUGAUUUUGAUGUUGAAAUAAUUGGUGCCAUAAUGUUGAUUAAGACAAGGAAGAGGAGGGAGAGUUUAUAACAGGGUACUGUUUAUUCAUGCUCAUAGUAUUCCCCAUAAAUAUUUGUAUUCUCCAUUCCCCCAUCAUUGAUGUAAUCAAUGCAGAUUUUUUUUCUGAAAUUGAAUAUUAGAUAAGAUAUGUUGAAAGGAUAGCAGGUAAUUAUUGUACUCAUAAGAAAUCAGUGUAAAUCUAUGUAAUGCUCAGUGGGUGAGGCGUGUUGUGUGAACUGCUCAUAGGUAAAUUGUUGUAGAAUUGUUUUUAAAAAGUGUCAGGAGUCAAGAAGAAAUUUCAGCUCAAUUCUUAACAAAAAUUUGACCACAUUUGACCUUCUUAUCCGUGAGUCUCAUUCAGAUACAAAGCAGUAAGCUGCAGAAGUUUCUUAUUAAUGAUGAUGUAAGUGGAAUAUGCUUGAUGUUCCUGUGUCUUAUAUCACAAAGCUCAGUCUGUUGCGCUCAGGUGCCAUUCAUUUACAUGUUUCAUAUAAUUCUGCUGAGGUUUGCUGCAUCAUAUCUGAGCGAAACUUAAAUGUGUUAGGAAGAUCAGGAAAGAUUAUGAGAGGAAAGAUAAGAUGAGGGUGCUUCAUCACCUUGGUAAAUCUAACUUCAUAUUACAUGACACCAUCUUGAAUAUCACUGUGAAACAAUGUUACUUUUUAAUCAAGAAAACACAUAUCACUAUUUAGGCAGUUUGACGUGUGUACAGCCUUACUAGGGUUAAUACAUUGUACAUGUACAUCUAAUAUGCAUACUAAUAAUCUAUCUGCUCAAGGCAUCCUGCCCUGUACCAUACAACUCUGUGUACGCGUGACAUCUGAUCAAUUAUACAAUCUUAUUUUCUCAUUUAUACUGAUGACAAUCAGAAGUUGUAAAAUAAAUUGAGUUUAAGUUAUACAUGUAA